CGACAGAUAAACUGCCCGUGUCAAGAUUUUUAUAUUUAUCUACGCUGAUUCAGACAAUGAAGCAGUUGCUGCUUCGGACGUCAUAUAUUUUAUUUUGCACCAAAGCAAGCUUUGAAGCAGGGUGUUCCAAGGAAUUGUAGUUCAGGUUAGGAGCACGUAUCAAAGCUUCAUUGUCUGGUUUUUCGCUCCGAGGAGUGCAUCAUCUGUUGUUGUACAUCUCACUUCCGUGUUUGCUGUGUCUUAAAGAAAGCUCUCGCGUUUUGUCUUAAAACCUUCAUAUAACCACGUUGUUUCCAAGAUGGCUAUUGUGAAGAGUGGCUGGCUCCAUCGACAAAGUACCAUACUGCGUCGAUGGAAAAGAAACUGGUUUGACUUGUGGGCCGAUGGACGACUUGUUUUCUAUAACGAUCAACAACGCCGUGACAUGGAGGACGACAUUCACAUGAGGGUCGACUGCAUUAACAUCCGCAACUCGGCUGCAUGUCGAGAACUGAACCCACCGGACGGGAAGAUGCGUGAUGCCCUGCUUCAGAUAGUGUGCAGAGACGGACGAGUCAUCAGUCUGUGUGCAGACAGUGCAGAUGAUGCUCUGGCCUGGACUAUGGCGCUUCAAGAUGCCAGAAUUAAUGCUGUGGUUGCUACUCCUCAGAUCAGCUUUGCACAGGAUGUAAUGGCAUCUGCUCCACCCCCUUACUCGGAAUAUGCACCCCCACCACAGUCUUAUGUCCCAGAUCCAUAUGGAGACUACGCUGCCCCACCACCACAUGCCACCCAGAUCGUAUACUCUGCUGAUGGGCAGCCCUACGCUGUUGCUUAUCCUUAUCAGUACCAUGGUGGGUACCCUGCUCCAGGAGUGAACCAUGUUAUUAUUCAAGAGCGCCAGCGUGACGAUGGAGGAGAUGUAGCUCUGGGGAUGCUUGCUGGAGCAGCAACCGGUUUGGCUAUUGGCUCUCUCUUCUCUGUCUUUUAAUGUCUUGAUCAAUGUAACAUGUAGAAGCACACCAUCCCUCUGUCUGCACUGCUUUUGGCUUCUUCUUUGUGCCCUCACUUGAGGUGGAGUGAAAUGUGUCUUUUGGGCAACUUCUGUCGAAGCAUGAAUGUGAUGGGCAGCCAAGCUAUGCCCUAAAUAUUCUAUACAUGAAGUAAAUUUACUGUCAGCACUUUCUCACAAACCUUAUGUGGCAGUUUCCCACAGUGUUGUUGCUCAUUAUGUUUGUAUUUAACCAUAAACAUUUAUUUGAGUGUCAGGAAAACGGUUACUCCUUUUAUCUAUACAUCAGGUCCUCUCAGCUAACAUCUCAGUCAGGUGAGCACAUUUGUCCUUUACAUUUUCAAAGUUAUUACACUUUUAUAUUUAUAUAAUUGUUGUUUUACAUACCAAUUGUUUACCUUGUUUACUUUUGUUUUUAAUAGUAUGUAAAUUCAUAAUGCUGUAGUUAUGAUCACACUAAGAAGACAAAGACCUGAGUUUACCCAAGGACUUAAGAGUGUUGGGGACUGAGGCCAAGUCAAGACCUAGACCUUGAUAGAGCUGGGCAGUAUGGUCAAAGACUUUAUCUCGAUUAAUUUAUAUCGAUAAUUAUCACGAUUAAAAUGUCAGAUAAUUAAAUAUUGUGUUGUGUUCCUGACUGAAUAUUGAGAAAAACUUUGUUUUUUAAAGUCUUAAUAGACAGAAAACAACGAACACUUAUAAACACAAAAGCAAUUUUGUGUUUCAAACUGUGUUGCACAGUGACUUGACCUGUAUGAAUGUUAUAUCAUGUGUAUAGUACUGUGCAAUAGUCUUUGACUCAGCCCCGUAACAUGGAAGAAAAUUGGUCUUGAGUUUGUCUCACUUUACCUUGGUUUUGGUCUCAGUAUUAGGCGAGUCUUGGUGUUGUUAGCGUGGUCUUCACUACAACACUCCUGCCUCGUGUUUCCUCAGAACAUCAGGUUACUUGUGGUGGUGGCUGUGGGCUGAGAUGAGAGUUGUAUUAAGAGCAAUAAUUAUGUUAACUGUAGUAUGUUAAGGUACCCAUGUGACAUGGAUGUCCAAUGUCAUCACCACAGUUAAAUGUGUACGAGUUAACACUGGCAUUUACAUGAAGUGCUUUGAAUUGAAAAGGGACGUCUCUCCUCGUGUUUCUUUGCAUGCAUUAUUUUUCCAUUGAAUUGUACUUUGUUUUGUUAUUUGUGUAUGUGACUGUUUUCAUUUCAAUAUGCACAAAAUUGUCAGUCAGGUGAAUCCGUCCGUUGGGAAUGUUUUGGUUUUGUAUUUCAAAAAUGAUACUGCUUGUCUCUAUUAAUGACACUAAUUGAAGACAUUUCUAAGAAAUAAUUUCAGUUUUUCAAGUAUUAGCUUCAGCAAACAGCGUGACACUGAUGUCAUUUUCUAUAUGUCUUAAAUUGAUGUGAAAUAAAUUAUAUUUCUCUUAACAUGUGUACUAAUUAAAUUCUGAUGUACCCCACA